AUGGCAGACCUCGAAAUAGUUUUGGCUGUCAUCCUGACUGUAUUGGCCCUUGCUAUUCUGGCUAUUCUGAUAGCAAGAUGGACGCGUCGCAGACAUGAGGCGCGAGUCUCCAGAUACACUUCAGAACAGAGUGCUGGGCUUCUGGAUCAUGAGGAUGGUAUUUCCCACGGGAGGCACAAAAGAGGAAGAGGAUCUCGAUGCUCGUUUUCAUCAGAUAGCGCUGGAACCAUUGGACCUAUUAUGCAGUUCUCCGCACCUAUCCCUGGAGCUACGGGACCUAUCAAACUGUCUCAAAAAACCUUCCUGCAAACUCCUGGCCCUCUUGUGCAAUGUAUGGAUUCUAGUGAAAGCUGCAGCCCUGAGGGAUCCAACGCUGUAAUGCCCAUGGAAAUGUGUUAUCCACAGCCAUCACUGAAGUCUAGCUGUUAUCAGCAAUGUUCAGUCAAGCCUAGUUGCCAACAAGGAAUGAUGCCUAUCUGCCCUGAGUCGCAGGCUUUACCCUUAUUAAUUACACAGAGAACUGGAGUGAAAAAGCAUUCAGGCCACAUGAUGAGGCGGAGGUCCCCAGGGGGCGUGACCUUCCAGGAAGAUAACAUGGAGAAAGAUGCCAGUCGCGAGUUCUGCUGUCCUAAGAGAUACGAGUCACACGUACGACGAGAACCCAUAUGGUGUGAACAACCAGCGCCGCAGCAGCAGCAGCAGCAGCCACAGCAGCAGGAGCAGCAGCAGCCGCCUCCUACUCCUCCUCCACGAAGACAAGAAUCUCAAGUAAGAUUUGAACAAAGAAAUGACAACUGCUAUGACGCCCAGACCAUUUGUUAUGAAGAACCAUUCCUUUUCAGAAGACUGGAGUCCCUGAUAAGGAAGAACCAAGACGGGAUAGUAAUAAAGCAAAAUGAAGGCGGCCUCCUGAUAAAGAAGGCUGAGGACCACCCACCAGAACGCAAAAAAGGGAAACCCAAGAAGUCAUCAGAACCCCAAGAAACUGACUCGGAUUCCAGUGCACCACCAAGCUCAGAUCAGCCUGAAGCAAAACCCGAAGCAAAACCCGAAGCAAAACCCGAAGCAAAACCCGAAGCACAAGCAGACGAAGGCGAGGAGAAGAAACCCAAGAAAGAAAAGAAGAAAAAGAAGAAAAAAGACAAAGGCGAUGGGUGAUAGGGCAAAACACAACCUCCAAUGUGAUCUCCCCAUCAGAUACAAGCCGUGUCUGCCCUCACCCCAGUGCAUCAUGGUUAUCAAAUCCAUUCCCUCUAGACAUCUUCAUUUUUUGCUGUUCUGAGGUUUGCCCUUACUACACCUCCCUGCCGCAAUCUUCAUCUUCCAAAUUUUGCUUUAUUAGUCAAAAUAUAUAAUCCAAUUAAGAAAGAUGGUGUUUUCUGAAAUAAAAUCUUUACUAAAU